CAUGUCGAUUUAAUUUGCUCCGAAAUAAAUAAGUUUUAUCGUUUGUAUAGUCUUAAAUUCUAUUAAAAGUGGAAACAACAAAUCGAGUAACAUUGGUAUCAGUAAAGAAUCAACAACUGACUGCAUGAGCGCGCUUAAGUAUCCAUUACAAAUAAAACUUCAAUCGGUUUACCAGCUAAUGGAAUACCAUUAACAACUAUUAAAUAUUUUGCAACGCUAAUGUAUUUUUUGUAACUGCAAUUUAGAUUUUCAAAUAAAGUAGAUGCUAGGAAUGAAUAAAUUAUAAGGACUCCAAGAGUACGCCUAUGAAAAAAUGUUUUCGAAUUCUGACCUUCAGUUCGCAUUAGGUAUACAUUUAAUUUAUGACGUUCAGUUUUAAGUCCCAUCGAGUUCUAAUAUUCUGUGCAUAGGUUAAAACCGAAUUAGGAAAUUUUCUGGGACUCAGGUGUAAAGAAGAUUGUAACUUAACCUAUAAUUAUUUUUUACCAUGGACAGUAAACAAAUAACUAUUAAAGAUUUUCCUUUUUUAUGUCGUUUAUGUGCAAGCUAUUCAGAGAAUUUGAUUCCUCUCAGCAAUUUUGCGUUCGAAAAUUUGUAUAAAAUUGUCUCGGGAAUCGAUAUUGAAAAUGGCGAUUUUCCAAAACAAAUAUGCCAAGAAUGCGACGCACAGUUCUCUAAUUUUUUUUCUCUCAUAGAGAAGUCAAAACAAAGUCAUAAGUUGUUUCAAAAGCUUCAAAAUGAUAUAAACAAUGAACAAGAUGAAACUGAUUGUGAAAAUCAGGAUGAGAAUGUCAUUGAAGAUAUAACAGUUUCAAUAGCAAGAAAUGAAGUAGAGAACAAUGUAUCAAAACAGUUAAAUUGUGAGAGAUGUUCAAAAUCAUUUACAAAGCAACAGACACUAACACGCCACUAUAGUAUUUCUCCUCAAUGCAUACCUGAAAUGUUAAAAGUUUCAUGCAAAACAUGUGGGAAACAAUGUUCUGGAAAGUUAGGGUUAAGUACACACUAUAGGAAAUCAGUGAAUUGUGUACCGGAUUCCACCAAGUGCAUAUGCAACAGCUGUGGUUUAAAAUUUACCACAAAACGAAAAUUAAACUAUCAUUAUAAGGAAAGUACAAACUGCUCUCGCAGCAAAAUUGAAUGCUCAGUUUGUAGCAAAAAAUUUGACAAAAACCACAAGUUAGUUGCUCACAUGAGGAGCCAUACAAAAGAGGAACCAUUCGGGUGUGAAUUCUGUGGAAAACGGUUUAGAUUUGUUCAAAAUUUAAGAAGACAUAAUUUGAUCCAUAAAGGGAUUAAGCCAUUCAAAUGUGAAGUUUGUGGAAAAGGUAUGUAGCAAUUUUUUAUAAUGCUUCAGAUCUGAACAGUAAUUGCUUACAUUUUUGUGCAUCCCACCUUAGCAUUUUCCAGGGCUCAUGUUAGAAGUGAGCACAUGAAUAUACACACAGGUAACAAUCCCUACAUAUGUACAUAUUGCGGAAAAGGUUUUAAAAGGUAUGCUAAUCAUUUUAUACAUGUGUACCGUCACAAGCUGAUAAAUGGGGAAAUUGACAAGUAUGAAGACAAAAAGCUUUAUCUGCAGCUUGAAUGUAAUGUGUGUCACAAGAUAUUUGCCAGCCGAGGAGGUUUGGCAAAUCAUAUAACACUUCACCAAGGAGAGCCUCGUGAAAAAAAAUUUUUGUGUAACGACUGUGGCAAAGGUUUUGUUACAAAUUCCCAACUUGAAUCUCACUCCAGGAUACACACCGGAGAUAGACCAUUUGAGUGUGAUAAAUGUAACAAGAAAUUCCGACAGAGAAGCGCAUAUAAGAAUCAUCAGUUGGUACAUUCAGGGGAGAAGCCAUACAAAUGUGAAAUUUGUGAGAAACUGUUCACCCAAUCUGGCCACCUUAAAGUUCACAUGAGGGUUCAUAGUGGAGAAAAGCCUUAUUGUUGCAGUUUCUGUGGGAAAAUGUUCGCACUCAAGAGUAAUUUAAAGGUCCACGUUAGAAUCCACACUGGGGAGACCCCCUACAUUUGUAGUAUUUGUGGUCGUGGUUGCUAUGAUUCAACCAGUUUGAAAAAACACAGGAAAAGUCAUGGAAUAGGGCUGCCGUCUCAUGGUUAUAUUAAAGACAAGGAAGAAAAUGAGGAAGUGUUUUCUGUGGAACUUGGGCAAGAUCAGGUUCAAAGUGAUGUUACAAAGCUUUAAUUUUAUAAUGUAAUAUUACAUGCU